AUGGCCGAGAGGGACGUCGAACCCUCGAUCCAAGUCCUAGCUCGCCACAUUACCACUCGACCACCAGCCGCCGACAUUAAUGAAGCCCGAUCGACACUCAAGCAGUCGAUCACAACGAACGAGUCUUCCUUGCACGGCAUCGCGGUCAGCAAUACCCCGGUAAUCACGCACCAACUGGACGAAAAGGCGAAGCUCAAUCAACGCUCCAAUUCAGCACAGCGUGGGGUCAAGGCGCUUGCAGAUGACUUUGACGUGUCGUCUCUAGAUAGGGUCACGGAGGUCGAGACUUUCCGAACGACGGCCUCUACUCUCCAAUCAUCCCACCAGGCGCAGACGCUCGCUAGAACGACGGCCACGGCCGUGGAGAACCUCAAGCAGCGGUAUGACCUCCUUGUGCGCCUCGAGGAUGGCGUAUGGUCUGGGAUGAGCGCAGACCCAUCGAUUGUGGCCGCUCUCCUAGAGCUUGACGGCCAACCUCCUCGCUCCACGCCGUACGCCAAACUUGCGACCCAUGCACCGAGCUACACACUCCUCGAAGUCUCCGACGCUCUGGACACUCUCAGAGCUCUUCCUGGCCUUCUUCAAGACCUUCAUGCUCGCGUCAUUCGUGGCCUUGUCGAGCCCCUGGUUCUAAACGACACCUGGCGGCCAGUUGAGAGCCGUGACGACCACGGCAUCGGACUGGAAACUACGAUCGUUCCGUCUCAAGAUCGGGAAUGCGUAAUCCAGAACGUGAAGACUGUGCUCGAUUUCUUCCAGGCCGUCCUGCCUCAAGGAUGCCGAUCUUUGAAUGAGAGGCUGCAACAAAGCGCUUUCAGCUUGGUCCUGAACCGCCUUCUCAUUCCAAGCCUACCAACAUCGCUCUCCAGCCUGCCGGAAUGGCUCCGUCUUGCCCUGCAAGCAGCCGAAUCGGAGGCGUCGAUGAGUGCCGACGACAACAAGGCCGGGGUUGUUCGCUCGUUCUUGAACGAGGAGGCCGGACAGGUCUGGCUGCAGAAGCGAAGGGUCGUUUCCCUGUGCGAAGCACGACGUGUGGCGUACGAGACCUGGUCAUCGUGGGCAUCGGAGACUGUGGAACUCAACGCUGUGCCACACAUCCCGCCGGAGACCGAGGCAAUUUCGCAACCAAUCACCCAACACGAAGAGGAUGACGGCUGGGGUUUCGACGAGGAUCCGAAGGCAGCAUCUAGCAGCCGGGAAGUCACACCUCAAGUGGACGCCGACGAUGGGAAUGACGGGUGGGACUUCGACGACGUUGCUCCGCCUCCAGCUCCGACUCCGGCUCCUGUCCAGCCUCGCAAGGUCGCAAAGCCCCGCGAAGCUAAGCGACUGGGCAAGAAAGCCACCCUGAAAGGAGCGCGGCAUGGUUCCCCAUCUCCUCCCCGUUCUCCAUCCCCUCCAGCCGAGAACUCUUCGCCGCCUGUUCAGUCCGUGGUGCCAACCGGUCGCCGCACUUCCAACCCCGAGAUACCAGUGCUCUCGGAGACGUUCAGGAUUUCUAUGGCAGCCAACACAGUCAUCGGUCUCGCUGCUUCAACGCUGGACGAGCUCAUAAACGUCUUGUCCCUUCACGUGUCGCGGGGCCUUUCGGAGCAGUUGGCUGAAGCACUGGACCUAAUCCGCGCGAGUAUCCCUGUCGCGCAGUCAACCUCUAUCGAACGCAAUCCCAUCCACCUCAUCCAGUUGUCAAACGACUACAGGUACCUCAGCUCCAAGCUCGAGACAAUCAAGACUGACGUCGAGUGGGUGGACCGCACCGACUGCGCUCGUCGCUUCUCGACCGCAAGUGUCAUCACCUUGGAGACAUUUGUCGCUGGCCAAUCCGCUGUGCUAUCUGGCCUGCUGGAUCACGCUAAAGGGUUCGCGGACACGACAAACCCUAGCUCUUUCAUGCAAGUCGAGCACGCUGUUCUGCAGGUGGUUACAUUUUUCAAGAACAUAGCGACGCAGUUAGCGACAUACGUCGAUGGCGAAGUAUACCACACUGUCUUGGGCAAGCUGGUCGAAUCAUCUGUUACUGGGAUCCUCAGCAGCGUCCUUGCGCUGGAAGACAUCACGGAGCUGGAGUCGUUGCGCAUCGGAAGUCUGCUGAGCUCUGUCGAGGCUCUUGGCAAUCUCUUCCAGCGCGACCACGCCAACGUGUCUACUGUUGCUGCCUUCGUGCCAAACUGGAUCAAGUUCGGUUACCUCAAUGAGCUUCUACGCGCAAAGCUCGUGGAGAUCACCUACCUCUAUGACAACGGGUCGCUCGUCGACUUUAACUCCAAGGAGCUGGGUGGGUUAGUUCGUGCGCUUUUUGCCGACAGUCCUCAACGUGCCACUCUUCUGGACAAGAUCGAGAUGUAG